GGCUUUCAUUUGCGGUUGUUGAGUCCGAGGCUUUCCCUCCUUCGCAAGUCCCAUAUCCUGACCUAACAUAACUACAGUCGGCUGCUGCUUCGAUAGCGCUCUCCGCCCAUCCCCAGCGUCGACCACUUCGCGCUGAGAGUGGCCUGAGCGCUGACGCGGUGGCCUCGUGAUAGAAAUCGCCAAUCUGUUGCUGACUCGCCUUUUCUCCGGAUUUCUGAGCAGCCCACAAUCUCACCACGAUCACUCUUCUUCCGCUUUGAGCUUCAAAAUUUUUAUGGGAUUAUCCUUUGGUGCAUUGGGUAUCAUGCUCCGCUCGGCGAGGCUGCCUCUCGCACCCUUCAAGGCUAUGAGUGUUUUCCCCCGAAUCGCAAACUUGGUCGAGCCAAGAUCUCUCUUCCUUUCGUUUGUCUUCGUGGUAGUUACGAUCAUCCUUGCGUACCUCACCAAUCCAACCGAGGCCUCCUUUAGGAACUACCUCACCGAGCUAUCAUUUCGCCGCCAUUUUUCUCCGUAUUAUGAUGCUCAGAACUCUAAACCAGGGAGUCAAGAUUGCGAGAUCAGUGGGCUGCACACCCCAAAACGCCACCAUCAACAGACGAAACAUCCAAGUAAAGACCUCAUCCUUUCCUCUCAAACGACUCCUACAACUGUUUCUGGGUUCCAUUUCUCCAAUCGUGCAUCGAUUUCACUUCGAACUCCUGGGUUAAUCUUUCGCAGUCUCGGCGUUCUCACAGUUGCUGCCGUCCCCAUCGUCACGGACAAAGCUACAGAUGUGAAUCUUGCAGGACAGAUUACUCCUUCUGCGUCAGAGAAAGCAGAGGUCAUGCUAGAUGGCAGCUGGUUCAUCGGUAUUUUCGGUAAAUGGUGGCUCGGUGGCACACUACAACUCCGUCAGCGCAGUGCUUCAUGCAUGGAUGGUAAAGACGAUACGUUCACUGCGGGAGUGCUUGGUGUUCGUGCCCUCGAUGCAUUUGAUUGUGAUAUUAUCUCAGAAGGUCUCAAGACGAUUACUGAUUCCAUAUCUGCAAUCACGAGCAAGUCAAGGAAAGCUACUAGGAACAGCUCCUCACGGGGCCAAUGGACCGUUGCGAAGUGGAUCCCCCCACCAUUGCCUAAAUCUGCGUCCCUCCCACUUCAUCAAACUCGUCCUCCACAAAGCGGUCCUGAGGGUCUGCUGGCCAUCAAAUCUGUUAAUCCUUUAUCUCAGACGUCCCCUUUCAAUCCUUCGACGAACGCUAUAGAGCCAACGCAUCGGAUAGAUUCUUCGUUUUCGGCCUCAAACUCCAACUCGAUAUCGCUAAAUAAUCAAGGAAACAACAGCACCAGCAAUGUCACGCCGACGUAUGGGUUGGACGAAUCACCGAUCAUCGUGGACAUUCUCAAUCAAAUCAAAGUUGUUCAGGAUGGGGUGGACGAGUCUCGGAAUCAUCUUGCCGCAUUCCAGGCCUCUGCUGCCACUUCCCACGACCAACUCCAGUCUACCUUGGAGGGAUGCCGAGAGAAAAAGCGCGAGGACGAUUUGCAGCGCGUUGACUUUAGACAACAGCAGAAAGCUGUCGAAGAUUCCAAAAGACAAACUGAGAACUCGAAACGUGAUGCAGAGAGGCGAUUAAAGAUUGCUCAGAGUGCGCGCGACCGUGCUGCGAAUCGUAUGGAGCAACUUAGCAGAGACAUUGGUGUGCUCAAAACACGUAUCGCCGAGAACAAGCAUCGUGUAGCUGCGAGCGAAGUACAGGCGAAUGAGCAGGAGCGUGUGCUCCAGGAGAAAAUCGAAGAUAAGAAGAAGGAGAUAAAGGUUGCGGAGGAUCUGGUCGCAGCGUUGACGCUCCGUGCAAGGGAGCUGCAGGCGCAAAUCGAAGACGAAGAGAAGGCUUUGGUAAAGGCGAAGGCGGAUGCGAAGGAGAGGGUGAAGGCAGUAGCGGCUGCUCAAGCCGCAAGGGCAGUUCGGGCGGUUCAGGUAGUUCCUGCUCCGGUCGCUGCAGGCCCUGCCACGGUCGCUGCGUCAGGGAUUGCGUCUCCUCAUUCUACACCAGCCAACUCAAGCCCAUCCGUUCCCCUCUUCCAAAGGCGAUCAGUGCCUCAAUCUUUUGAACCCCAAACGCUCAACACUGCUGAACAAGCCUUCCUUCCUCCGUUCCUUCAGCAUGGUGCGUUCGGUCCUCCUGUGCGCAAUGAUGCCACGAACCAGCUCGGUUCCUUGGGACGCAGGCAUUCCACCGGCCAUACCCCCAGCACGACGCACCCGGAAUCAUCGGCUCCAUACCAUGACUUUUCCCCCUUCACCGACCAUAGCCUCAUGUCACCUACAGCAUCGUCUCUGAUUCCCACAAGCUUGUUCUCCUCCUUAGAUUCAGAUGAUGGGAGCCAGCUUGGAGCCUCCCCAACUGAUUCCUUCUCAAUCUCAUCAGCGGGCGAGCCAUACGAUGCAAAUCGAGCGUGGCGAACAACUUUGCCUGUGCAAGGGACAUGGAAUGACGGUUCGGAGAUUCUCUACACCUCUCCAGCCACCCCUUAUUUGCACACACCCAGCACGACGCACUUUCCUUCCCAGGCCGAACAAGAGACUGUCUCCAGCACUCCUCGUCGGUGGUUGGCUUCAUCCUUGGCUUCGAGACACGCGACUUCAACUGGAAUGUCGAGUAAUCUGAAUCCGGAUGCCAAGGUUUUCAAUUUUAGUCGCGGCCGGUCCUACUUGUUCCCUCCUGGCGGAGUUGCGACCACGAAUGAGCCUACAUCUGCGAAUAUAAACCCACAGAAGCCUUCUUUCCGGCACCCUGGGUCGAGUUCCGCAUCUCGCAGUUCCUUCAGCUCGCUACCGAUCCCUUCGCCGAGCCAGUCCAACUCGACUUCUCCAUUAAUCAGUGCAGCAUCCAGCACGACGAGUUUCCUUUCGUCCCUCCUUGCGUUCACGCCGUCGCCUGCUGAACGUGAAGCGCUCCAACGAGCUUUGGGCCAAUCUCACCCGAACUUCAAUAGUUCUAUGGAAAAGCUGUCCCUUCCGGACCACUCAUCCCCGAGUUUGUCCUCCCAUAGUCAUUAUUCGCAAAAACCAUCGCCGCCCCAACAGCACCUUGGUCCUUCAUUGGGUACCGGUGGUAGUUCUAUUUGGGGAGGGAGUGAUUUCUACCUCUCCAAUGUUAACCCAAGGGGAAGUUUGAAUGGCCGCACUGGGCCCUCCAUUUUUGUCCCGCGAGCGGUUGGGCUGAAGGAGGGAGUAUCAGAGCCGACAGUUGCUGCGGGGGAGAUGGAGACGCUGGCUCGUCAUCCAACCUCAGGAAGACGUUUUCGUUGUGGAGUCAUAAGAAAGAGCGUUCUAACGCCGGAAGUAUAUCUACUGGUUCUGAGGGAGAUUUUGGGGUUAAGGAUGAGUCAGGAUGCGAUGAUGGUUUGA